GUUUUGUGAUAGUUGUUUUAAUUUUGUCACAUAAACAUGAGUAAAAGACGCCGGGCAUCUUCCGGCGCGAGUCGUGGGGCUGACGGAGAUGACAGUGACGAUAUUAGCGAAGUAAGCAACCCUGGUCCGCCACCUUCAACUCGAAAACGGAAGAAGUUGGAUCCUGGUGACCUAUGUCAGCAAUUGUAUGACACAAUCCGUUCAUUCAAGAAGGAGGAUGGUUCGUUGCUAUGUGAUUCUUUCAUUAGAGCUCCGAAGAGGCGGCAGGAGCCACAAUAUUAUGAAGUUGUGUCACAACCAAUCGAUUUAUUGAGGGUGCAACAAAAGUUAAAAACUGAUACAUAUGAGGAUAUAGAAGAGCUGACUUCAGAUAUUGAGCUUCUUGUUAAUAAUGCUAAGGCGUUCUAUAAGCCGGACAGUGUCGAAUACAAAGAUGCUAUUGAGCUUUGGAAGAUCUACAUGCAGAAUAAACAGGCUCUUGAGAAUGGUGAAGAACUAAAGACACCAAAACAAGGUAGAAAUGGCUCAUCAAGUCGUCGGUCUGAUAUUGGAGAAGAUAUGUCUGAGACAUCUACUAACAAUGAGGAGGACAAUGUUUUUGAGGAACUUUUUAAUGCAGUAAUGACGGCAAAUAUAGACGGUCGUCCGCUGUAUCCAGCUUUCCAAUUUCUACCCUCGAAACGUCGCUAUCCGGAGUACUACAACGUCAUAGAACAGCCCAUAGAUCUCAAGACAAUAGCACAGAAAAUACAAUGCGGGGAAUAUCCCACUUUGGGUGAUUUGGAGAAGGAUAUGCUGCUAAUGGUCAGGAAUGCCUGCCAUUUUAACGAACCAGGCAGUCAAAUUUAUAAGGAUUCCAAGAUGUUAAAGAAGGUGAUCCAAGUGCGUAAGCAGGAGAUCGAGCAACACGGGCGCGGCGGGCCGGCCAAGUCGUCGGAACGCAUUCGCAGCAAGCGCACGUCGCGACUGGGGCCCGUGCCCUCCAGCCGAGCGCUCGCCAUCAUGGACGCGCCGGGUUCGGAUCCCGAGCAGGUCAAGCAUUCAGAAGAGAGCGAUAGCGAGGAAGAGAAGAUGGAGAACGAAGACUCGCCGCAAUGGAAGUUGUUUGAGACCAUCAAGAACCAUCUCGGACCUAAUGAUCGAUCAAUGUCCGAACCCUUCUGGAAGCUGCCAUCCCGUCGCGCCUACCCAGAUUAUUACAAAGAAAUAAAAAACCCCGUGUCACUAAACCAGAUCAAGAACAAAAUCCGUAGAGGCAGCUACGGCACAUUGUCUGAAGUGGCCGGAGACAUGAACAUUAUGUUUGAGAACGCCAAGCAAUACAACGUGCCAUCUUCUUUGUUGUACAAACAUGCUGUUAAAUUGCAAAGGUUAAUGCAACAACGCGUCCAAGAGCUAUUAGACAUCCAACAGAGUUCGUCUAGUGAUGACGAGAGCCUGUCGUCGGUUAAGAACCAGGCUCAGGCGAACACUCCCAGACCUAGAGGCCGUCCCCGUAUCAACCCAGCCCCUAUGUCCGCCACCCCAAUCUCCUCCCCGCUUCCCAAAUCCAACCUCCCCCUCAAGAAGAAGCUCCACUACAUCGCCAGGCAGCUCGUCGAGUUCACCUGCUCCGACGGUAGACAGCCAAUGCUCUUGUUCAUGGAGAAACCUAGCAAGAAACUGUACCCGGAUUAUUAUACGGUCAUUGAUCGGCCCAUCGAUAUGAUCACCAUUGAGGCUAAUAUAAAGAACGAUCGUUACAACUCAAUGGAAGAAAUGGUGUCCGACUUUCGCCUAAUGUUUUCGAAUUGCCGCCAAUUCAACGAGGAAGGUUCAAUGAUAUACGAGGACGCGAAUCUCCUUGAAAGAAUCAUGAACGAGAAGUUAAAAGAGGUGAACAGUGGACAGGAGCGAAAAACUCCUAUCAAGACCUUUAAGGCUGCGAAGUCGAGGCAAUUAUCGCCUUUUGAACAGAAAUUGAGGACUUUGUACGAUGCUAUUAGAGAUUUCAGGGAUCCUAAAGCAAAUCGCCAAUUAGCACUCAUCUUCAUGAAGCUACCAAGCAAAACCGAGUACCCAGACUACUACGAGUUAAUCAAGAACCCGAUAGAUAUGGAGAAAAUAGCACACAAGCUGAAAAACAACAUAUACACGUCUGUAAACGAACUUGCAUCGGACUUCAUAUUGAUGUUUGACAAUGCUUGUAAAUACAACGAACCAGAUUCGCAGAUUUAUAAGGAUGCGCUGAUAUUGCAGAGGGUUUGCUUGCAGACUAAACAGAUGUUGAGGGAAGAUGACGACGCAGUGCCUGACGUACCAGCUCUCGUUCAGGAAUUGCUAUUGAACCUGUUCACUACAGUUUACAAUCAUCAGGAUGACGAGGGCAGGUGCUAUUCGGACAGCAUGGCCGAACUCCCCGAGCAUGACGAGACGUCGAACGGCGACAAAGUACGCGCGAUAUCAUUGGAUCUAAUCAAACGGCGGUUGGACAAGUGCUUGUACAAGCGCCUCGAUCACUUUCAGCAGGACAUGUUUGCUGUUUUUGAACGCGCUCGCCGCCUCUCCCGUACGGACAGUCAGAUCUUCGAAGAUUCAGUGGAACUCCAGUCCUACUUUAUGGAACAACGAGAUAUACUCUGCAAGAACACUUUACAGUCACCAGCUCUAUCCUUCACGAGGGAGAUGAUGUCCACUAGUAUGGAGCUAGUUAAGCAGUGCAAAUUACUACAGGAAACUGAGGAAGAAGACGAGACCAGGUCAAGUACAGACGAUUCGAUGCCGUCAGGAGGUAAUCCCAUCCCGCAAACGCAGUACAAUAAAGGCGACUUCGUGUACGUGCAGCCCGAGAAGGGCAGCAAGGACCCCAUCAUCGUACAAGUUGAACGGGUCUGGACUAGCAAUGAGAACGUGCCGAUGAUGUAUGCUAAUGUCUACUUUAGACCGCAAGAAACGUUCCACGUGCGCACGCGCAAGUUCCUGCAGCAGGAAGUGUUCAAGACAGAGACGCACCGCACCUUGCCUCUUGACCAAGUUCUCGGGCCGUGUUACGUCAUGAACGUGAAGGAAUACUUCAAGUUCCGCCCAGAAGGAUACGCGGACAAAGACGUGUACGUCUGCGAGAGCAGGUAUAGCACGAAACAUCGCUGGUUCAAAAAGAUCAAAGUGUGGGAGGGCGCCGAGAAAGAAGCGACACUCGUUCCUAGAGAGGUGCCCCUGGAGCCAACAAGAACGUUGUCAGUGUAUCGCGAACGAGUUGAAAAACAUAAGGACGAACUCGCUGAGCUUGAGAUUCUUGAAAACGUUCAAGAGAAGGAUAGACCGGACGUGGUAAUGUACAACCCACUGGGCACAGACGACGAGAACACGUACUACGAGCAAUAUAACACGCCCUGCUCUGGGGUGAUCAAAACGGGAGAUUACGUGUACGUUGUCGCCGAGGGAGGCAAGCAGAUGAUCGCGCAAGUCGAUACUAUUUGGGAGACAGGAGACAAUAAAUGCUAUUUCCGCGGUCCAUUCCUCAUUUUCCCUUCGGAAGUGUCUAAUAUUAUUAGCAAGCAUUUCUACAAACAGGAAGUGCUUCUAACUACAAUGAAUGACACUAGUCCAUUGGUGGGAAUAGUGGGAAAAUGUGCCGUCCUGGAUUACGACGAUUACCUCAAAUGUCGACCGACAGAGAUAGCAGAAAGUGACGUGUACCUGUGUGAGUCAGUGUAUGACGAGUCGAACCGCGUCGCGCGCAAGCUGAAGACAGAACUGCGCAAGUUUGAACACACAAAGGAUGUCACCGUUGAUGAGAUGUACUUCUUCUCGCGUCCGUUGGGUCCGCCGGCAUUAGCCACGUCGCACGACGUACAGCUCUCGACUAGCGCUUUCACGCACAAGCCGUAUACACCUGUGAACAUUGACUCAAUGGACGGCAUGGGCAAGCCGCAGUUCACCAACCUGAUCAACACCACAAUCGGCAAUCAGGACGUGGACAUGCUGCUGGAGAACUCACUCGACGACUCCUCGCUGGCCUCGCCUGCGACGCCAUUGUCUAUAGGUGGCAACAGCAACCCGUACAACCCGUCGAUGUCCUCGUCAACCAGCCAAGAGCGCACCCAGCCUCAAGCCACUCCUACCAGCAGCAAAAAGAAGAAAGAUCCUAAGCAAAAGAUCGUCACUGGCUACAUUCUAUACUCCAGUGAGGUUCGCAAAGCCAUAAUUGCGAAUAACCCUGAAUCUACGUUCGCCUGCAAGGAUAAACCCUCAAAACGCGAGAUAUCACGUAUAGUAGGCAACGAGUGGCGCUCGCUACCGACCUCAACAAAGCAAAGCUGGGAGGAGCGUGCGGCGAGGUGUAAUGAAGAGACUUCGGCAAAGCUCGCUGAAGAAAUGAGAGAGCUGUCUCAACAUACACCAAUGGAAAUGACAUACGAAUGCGCGUGGGACACCUGCGACUACCAAUUCGAGGAAGUCUCCGACUGCAUGGAGCACUGCAUUGGCGAUGGCGGCAACACUGCUAAAGUGAUUGGAACAUUUGUGGAGACGAAAAAGGCUAAGCUAGAACCGGGCCACAUCCAGAACCACUACCGCGGAUCUUUCUCCGAAUACCCGUGCCUGUGGCGCAAUUGCGCGCGCGUCCGCAAGGGACAGGCGCCUUUCCCCAACCUGCCGCGGCUGUUGAGACAUGUCAGAGAUCUGCACGUGAACAAAGGAAAUGGAAGGACAAUGCCCAUACAUGAACGCUCCAGAAACUUUGUCCCGUCAACUAAGAAGCCACCGAAAUCGUACUCCACAGGUUUUCGCAGCGGUGUUAUGUCCCCAGGAGCGUCGCUGUCGGGCAUGUCUCCGAUGGCGCGCAACACGCCCUCGCCGGGCACGGGCGAGGCCCUGGGCGCAGGCGCGCGGCCCGCCGGGCUCGAGCCGCUGUUCGCGCCCGCGCCGCCGCGCGCGCAGCGGGUCACGCACUCCGAGGCCUACAUCAGAUACAUAGAAGGCCUCCACUCUGAACAGAAGUAUAUAACACCUUGGGAAAAAUCUCUAACCCCAAUGCCAACCAAUCCAGAUCCUUCUCAAUUCAACAUGCAUAAACUGCCCGCUCAUUGGAUGACCGAAGAAGCAAUCGCAGGCUACCUAGCGCACGAUAAAACACUUACAGAGGCUGAUAUUGCUAAAAUGGACCAGAACACGAAGAUCCUCAAAGGGUUGUGUGCUUUGCGUGAUUUUAUGAUGAAGGAUGCGUUGUGUCUUUACAAAAAUAUGUGAUAGAAGAAAACGGUCAGGUUCAAGGACUUCUUGAUCUUCUUCGGACUUGUUGAUCCAAGCGAUUUUGAACCUUUUAAUAUUUACUUAUAAUGUAAGUUUAAGAAAAUUAACAUUAGCAACGAGGCGAGACCCUAACGACAGUCGCGGAACUACAUUUAAUCGUUCACCGUCGAGAGAAAUUUUAUCGUUACUAAUGGGAACAUCGUAGAUUUUAUGACGUUUAUUAUAUAGUAUUUUUAAGACGUUUAGACGACAAACUAUCUUUUUACUAUUUCGGCAUUUAAAAAAGCAACCUUCCGAUUUUUUUGCUCGUACUUAGAGGAAAUAGCUCGAAUGAGCACUACAAAUAAAGUACCUAGUCUACUACUCCAGUACAAUUAUUCCAUCGACAGGUAAAGGUACCUUAAUCGGGCCGUUUCCUCAUAAUUGAUAGGUAAAAGUACCUUAACUGAGUUAAUCGAAAUAUAAAAGUACCUUAAUUAUGAUAAUCUACAGGUAAAGGUAUCUUAAUUAUGAUAAUCGACAGGUAAAGGUACUUUAGUUGUGUUAAUUAAUAGGAAAACGUACUUUAUAUAGGUGGUUGUUUAAGAGAGUUCGUGUACUAAAUAAAAGUGCAGUAAGUUUAUACUAGGACUAUAUUGAACCCUUCAUUUAUGGUCAUGCUUAAAACGUUGUAGUUAAGUAGUUGCCAAGCCCCGGCUCUCCCAAUCGGUCUCUCAAGUACAUUUUACGAAGCUGCAUGUAACUACGGUUUUCUAGGUGUCUUUACAUGUUACUAUACUGAUACAAUUUGCUUUAAGUUUUUGCUAUAUGAUAAAAAUAAUACCAUGAAUUAGUCUACGCUAAUUAGUAGUGAACCUUUUUAUAGCAAUUGUUCGUUAUGUAUGUUUAUAUUAAUAAUGUAUGUCAUGUAUAAUUCAUAUGCGUCAUAAUGUGUGUAUAUCAUAAUGCUUAUGCUCAUUACGCGCAUAAGUUUCAAAACUGAGGUAUUGGAUCUCCAAAUAUUGCAACACAUUUUCGAAUACUAAACGUAACAUUUGCUUAAAAAUUAUUAUAAAGUUUAAAUUAAUAGGACUAAGGUUUACUGUAGAAUAUAAGUUCUCCUAAUUCUGUGGUUAAUAUAGAGAUAAUUAUGUUGAUGUAUUUAGAGAAAUAAUAAAGUG